AUGGAUGUCACUCUGGACCUUUCAAAGCCUGACCAGCCAAGUGUUCACAGAAAGAACAUGCAGGAGUGGGACGGAGUUUCGUACGUACUCUACUAUCCAAUAUACGGUAGUACAGUCGUUCAGUUGAAUUACGCGGACCAAAUUUUAUGGAGGAAGCGCAGGCCGGAAGAAAAGCUCAUGAACUUUAACUUUUACUACCUAUACGGAAGACCUACAGUUGGGUUCAUCCAAAUCUAUGAUGGAACGAAAUACACAACGUAUAAACUAAAAAUGAACCAGACAGGUUGGAUCUUGAUAAGUUGUCAACUUUACGAGAGGCUGUUGGAAAAUACAAAGAGGAAUAGAGAAAUCGACAUUGAUGAGCCCAUAAAUGAGAACGUAUUUAGAGUACAACAAUACUCUCCGUUUGGUAUUCCUGCAGUCAUUUGUACACCUAUCUCCGACUAUAUUCUCAAGGCUGUAAAAGUUGGAGAACAUUCUCUCUGGGAAGCAAAAAUGGAGGCAGAAAGAUGCGAACACCUCGUAAUCCAUGGACCAAGGAAUGAACCGAAACUCGUUCACAUCUUCAUAACACUCGACAAUCUCCAGAGGAUCAUAUACUUUGCCAAGGAUGGUGACCGUUGGAUGCGAGUGACAAAGCACACGUUUUACAACAGGCUCUGGAGCAUUAAAACGGAACCAAUGCCAGCAUGUGGACGCACUCCUUCGUCUGGAGGGUCCUGGGAUCACUCCUACAGUGCCAAGGCUAUUUGA